CCUUAAAAUGGUUAGAGUUCUGUGUAUUCUUUGAUCCCUUUUCUGAUGAAUUUUUUAGCCAUGAGUUUACAUCGGCAAAUGGGAUCCGAUAGAGACCUGCAAUCUUCUGCCUCCUCUGUCAGCUUGCCUUCAAUCAAAAAGGCACCAAAGAAGAGAAGAAUUUCACUGGGAUCUCUCUUUCGAAGAAAAAGGGAUACAAAACGCAAAUCCAGGGAUAUAAAUGGAGGUGUUGACGGGAUUGCAAGUAUUGAAAGUAUACACUCGGAAAUGUGUACAGAUAAAAACUCUGUGUUCUCCACGUAUGCGUCUUCUGACAAUGGAACAACUGUUAGCAGCAAACAAAGUGGAGACUUCAUGGAGUGUCCCCUGUGCCUUCUGCGGCACUCGAAGGAGAGGUUCCCAGAAAUAAUGACUUGUCAUCAUAGGUCUUGUGUGGAUUGUUUACGUCAAUACCUUCGGAUAGAAAUCUCUGAGAGCAGAGUUAAUAUCAGCUGUCCGGAGUGCUCUGAACGAUUUAAUCCCCAUGACAUUCGAUUAAUAUUAAAUGAUGACAUCUUGAUGGAAAAAUAUGAAGAAUUUAUGCUUAGACGUUGGCUUGUUGCAGACCCUGAUUGUAGGUGGUGUCCUGCUCCUGAUUGUGGGUAUGCUGUGAUUGCUUUUGGCUGUGCAAGCUGUCCUAAAAUUACAUGUGGGCGUGAAGGCUGUGGUACGGAGUUCUGCUACCACUGUAAACAGAUUUGGCAUCCAAACCAGACCUGUGAUGCUGCUCGCCAGGAGAGAGCUCAGAGCCUACGUCUGCGAACAAUUCGUUCUUCGUCCAUUAGCUACAGUCAAGAGUCUGGAGCAGCAGCUGAUGACAUAAAGCCCUGCCCACGCUGUGCAGCUUAUAUAAUAAAGAUGAAUGAUGGAAGUUGCAAUCACAUGACAUGUGCUGUCUGUGGCUGUGAAUUCUGUUGGCUCUGCAUGAAGGAGAUUUCAGACUUGCAUUAUUUAAGCCCAUCAGGCUGUACGUUCUGGGGGAAAAAGCCAUGGAGUCGGAAGAAGAAAAUACUGUGGCAGCUGGGGACGCUUGUGGGUGCACCUGUAGGAAUUGCCUUAAUAGCUGGCAUUGCUAUUCCAGCGAUGAUAAUUGGGAUCCCUGUGUAUGUGGGACGCAAGAUUCACAAUCGCUAUGAAGGCAAGGACAUUUCAAAGCAUAAGAGGAACUUGGCCAUUGCAGGUGGUGUAACCUUGUCUGUAAUAGUUUCGCCAGUUGUAGCUGCAGUAACUGUAGGUAUUGGUGUCCCUAUUAUGUUGGCCUAUGUGUAUGGAGUAGUUCCUAUCUCCCUCUGUCGAAGUGGAGGCUGUGGCGUAUCUGCCGGCAAUGGAAAGGGUGUCAGAAUAGAAUUUGACGAUGAAAAUGAUAUAACUGUUGGUGGAACACAUGCAGCAGUAGAUACUACGUCAGUAGCAGAGGCACGUCACAACCCUAGCAUAGGGGAAGAAAGCGUGGCCGGGUUGACCGGAAGUCUGAGUGCAAGCGGCAGCCACAUGGACAGGAUAGGAGCCAUCCGAGACAACCUCAGUGAGACAGCCAGCACGAUGGCUCUUGCUGGAGCUAGCAUAACAGGGAGUCUAUCGGGAAGUGCAAUGGUCAACUGCUUUAACAGGUUGGAAGUCCAAGCAGAUGUUCAGAAGGAGAGAUGUAGUCUGAGUGGAGAAUCGGGCACGGUUAGUUUAGGAACAGUUAGUGACAAUGCGAGCACCAAAGCAAUGGCUGGAUCCAUUCUUAAUUCCUACAUCCCACUGGACAGAGAGGGCAGCAGUAUGGAGGUGCAAGUAGACAUUGAAUCGAAGCCCACGAAAUUCAGACACCACAGCGGAAGCAGCAGUGUUGAGGAUGGCAGUGCGGCGUGCCAGAGUCAUGCUGGUUGUUCGUCGGAAAACAAAUCUGGCACCACCAAGUGGUGCAAAGAUGCAACAGCAGGGAAAAAAUGUAAAGGUAAACUAAGGAAAAAAGGUAGCAUGAAGAUAAACGAGACCCGAGAGGACAUGGAUGCUCAGUUAUUGGAACAGCAAAGCACAAACUCCAGUGAAUUUGACUCUCCUUCUCUCAGUGACAGUAUCCCAUCUGUAGCCGAUUCCCACUCCAGUCACUUUUCGGAGUUUAGUUGCUCUGACAUGGAGAGUAUGAAAACCUCAUGUAGCCACGGCUCCAGUGAUUACCAUACUCGCUUUACUACCGUUAGCAUUCUCCCAGAGGUAGAAAACGACCGCUUAGAAAACUCUCCACACCAAAGUGGCAAUUCUUUGCUCCUUCCAGUUACUCCAAACUCAGAAGUUCCUCAACUGAGUUACAUUGCUAAAGAAUGUGUUUAUAAUGGGACCUCCGGCAGUGCAGACGUGGGUACUAGUGAAACACUGAAAGAAACAAACAACAACCAUUCACAGAAUGCUGUGGAGUUAAACACUGCAAUUCAGACUGAGAUUUAAGCCUGUUAAAUGCUGCAGAAGUUUAUGUACCACUAACGAACCCUUGUCUGACAGCUGGCCGGGUAAUUUUUUUCGAGUGGCCAGCCG